GUUCAAUGGAAUAGAAUUGUCGAACCGGAAGGGAAUAAUUUUGACAGUCAGAAACUCGGUGCCGAUUUUUGUUACCGUCGUGGUUGAUAAGCAGUAACGAAAUGUCGGGUUGGUUAGACAAUAUCGAGUGUCGAAGGUGUGAUUGCUUGGACACGGUGGCAGAGAAACGGAACGUCAUUGCGUCCGUUGCGGCUGGUGCCCUGUUUUUCACUGGUUGGUGGUUUGUCAUUGAUGCUGCUGCCGUUGUCCCAGCCAAUUCUGAUUUUAAUCAUGCAUUUCAUACCUUCGGAGUGAUAUCCACUAUAGCAUUUUUCAUGAUAAAUGCAAUAUCGAAUGCUCAAGUCAGAGGUGACACUAUGGGGACUGGAUGUCUUGGCCAGACAGGUGCUCGUGUUUGGUUAUUUAUUGGAUUUUUCUUGGCAUUUGGAUCUCUUAUUGGAGCUUGCUGGAUUCUGUUUGGACCUUAUGUUGUUGACAAAAAGUAUCCAAUCAUAUGGCCAGGUGUUGCCAUAUUUCUACAAAAUGCAUUUAUCUUUUUUGCUUCGAUUGUCUUUAAAUUUGGAAGAACAGAGGAACUAUGGGAAUGAAGCAUGGAUUGUCAGUAUUCAGAGGUCUUGAGUCAUAAUGGUACUGUAUUUUCAAACCACUGGUUUCCAUGGUAAUAUUUUACUAUCUGCUUACUAUCUGCCAGGCUAUUGAAUCUUCCUUGUGAAAAAAAAAAUUAUUAUAAAACUGAGCUGAGAUGACCUUUGUUCAUUACCAUUGGCAGCUUCUGAUCCUUCACACAAAGCGAUCAGGUUUGCUAUGUUAAAAGUUUGUCACCUUCUAAAGUAAUUGGUUUGGAUAUUUAUAGCUUAAUACUCAUUGCCUUCAAAUACGUAGGAUAACAACACAUGCUAAAACGCAAAGGUUCACGAGUAAAUUUCUACUGUAAAAUCUGUAUUAGAAGCAGCGCAUUCUAUUAAAAUGGUGGAUUGCAACAGAGGGACUGCAGAUUCUAUUAGAGCAUCAACACAUAUGAGAAAUGACGAAUUUUUGGUUCUCAAUUAUUCAAAAAGAAUGGGUAUGGCGAUGCAGCUUCUAAUACAGAUGUUACAGUAUUCAUAAACAACUAUACACUAUGGCUGUUGUAUGCAUAAGUGACAACUCCCCCCGGUCUAAACAUUUUAAACACAAUCUUAAAGGGGCAAUAGAUAAUUAAAUAUUGCAUGGAGCAAACGUAAUCUUUGUUAAACAUCACCCCAUCACCUCAUGAAUGAAAAUUUGUCAGUGCAAAAUUAUUAUAAUGAACUAUGUAAAACUAUGUUCUUGAAACCACCCUUGAAACUUCCACCCAUUCCCAAAAUGAAAAAAAUUAAUUUUGCUGUCCAUAUGAUUUUUUUUUUUAUCUACAAUCCCUAUCAGUAAUAUUUGUUUUGUUGGAGAGGUUUGCAGAAAGUGUAUACACAACAGGGGACAAAACAGUGGUGAGAAAAACUGUUGACCCCCAAACUGCAUCUUGCAGUAUCAAAAAACAUUUAUAGUCAGUUCUGAAUAUAUUCAAGUAUAAAUAUGUCUUGUUUAUCAAGAGUGAAUUUUUUUUUAACUUUUAUUUUAUACUUUCUCGUCACUUGUAGUUGCCACUUUCGAAGUGAUGCAAUUGUCAGUCAAUGUACAUAUUAUUUACUUACACACAGUGUAGGAGUAUUAUAUAUUUUUUUCUUGUUUUAUAUUUAAAAGUACAUGUAUGUCAGUAUUGUUGUAGCUUCAGGUCUUUGUGUAUUCUUACAUAUAUAAAUGUUAGUAGUUCUUGUGACAAAUUUCAAUAAACUUUGGAACAAUAUUUUCUGACGGAGUAUUAUUAAUAGAUAAAAUUUCAGAUUUUGGUCUAGAACUCCCUUUCUAGUGCGCGAGUGUUUUAAAUUAAUAUCAUUACCUGUACAACUAUUUAAUCAAUACAGUAUUAUCACCUGUUAACUUAUUUUUUUUAUCUAGUCACCCUGAAUUUCUUAUCCUCUCGUGCAUUAGUAUAUAACUUUUUUUCAAGUGUCAGUAAAGUACAUCACAUGAUGAUUUUUUAUUUGCACACAUGUACUUUGAGGGAUAUGUACAAAAUUAGUUAUUAAAUACUAGUACUUGUAUUAUAAAGAUGAAUACAUAUUUUAAAAUGCCACUGCCGCUGUACUAGAAAAUGUUCAAUGUGGGUCCCAUAAUGUAUGUGUAAAAUAAUCAGUUGUCUACACAUACCACACACCAAGUCUUCUAAGGGACUAUGGCACUUCAAAUGUGCAUGUAUUGAAUAAUCUUUAAAAACUGAUAAAGUCUAUCGAUCAAUAGCAAGGUUUGUAGGGAAUGCAUUUUUUUUUUGGAAAAAAAACAGAGAAUGAUAAGGAAUGUUGCAUCCAACAUUUAUCUGGAAAAAUGUAUUACGUAUGAUUAGAUUUAUGUAAUCCAGUCCAGUAUGGCUGGUCUUAGUGACUUCUGACAUGCUCGCUUGUUGUAUCAUCCAGUCUAUACGGUUUAUAGAUGUUUUCAUGUCAAUCACAUUGAAAAACGGUCUCAGAAACCUCACAAAGAAUUAGACAAUAAAAGCAGAGUACUAAAAAGGCCUGUAUUAUUUAAAUAGUACAACACUGAUACUGUGAAAUGAGUUGUAUUUACUUUUUAGCAGAUUUGAUGUGGAAAAUAUACUCACUUGGUGAAAUAAACAACUUGCUUUUAUGUUAACCUUGCAUGUUUACUGGGAACUUUUAGCUAUAAAUCUCUGUACUUUCAUGAGAAAAAUGUUCUCUAGGAGAGGGAGUGGGCACAUAAUCUAGUAUCAGUGAUUUUUUUCUUUGAAUAAAAAGUGAGGCAGAAACUGUUGGGUACAAAAUUUAUUGUUUUAUAUUUAUUUUUUUCAUGCAUUGUAAAGAACUUUUAAAACUUCUUCUCACUGGAAAUGAUAAAAAUCACAAACUCGGAAGAUUUCUUUAGUGUAUGUAUAUCCACCAAUUGCAUUCUUGGGAUAAUGUCAUGUGAUCAUUGUAUUGUGUCAAUGCACUUUUAAAAGAGGCUGAGUGAACUAUUACAUUUUGUAUGUUAUUUGUGAUGCCAGACAUGUUUUAUGAAUCUAGCUUGUAUUUAGCUGAGAAGCUUGAUUGUAAAUUGUGCAAUGUUGUGAUGUGCGGAAUAACAUGCGGAAUCGAAAUAGGGGCUGUCUAGUAGCCAUACGAUCGUGUCUUUACUUAUCAGACCCUGCUUGGCUAUUUGCAUUCAUCAUCGCUGCCACAUCAUUCUCUGAAUACUUCUCUCAUACUAUGAUACGUUUUACAAGAUCUUUUAGUUCAUCAUCCUUUUCAACAGCGCCAUCACCACUCUUUAAUCCUCAUUGAAUCUUUCUGUAUCAUUCAUACUGCCUCGUUUUGACUUUCCUAAAAUGUUGUGCAUGUCCAAGCUCCUUGUUUUUUCUUUGACUGGCUCCAAUAUUUUUGUAGCUAGGAUUCUGUGUGACCCCAAAUUCUACACAUUAUUUCAACCGUUGGAUUGUUGCAAUCAUUUCUGGAAAAACUAAUGUUAUGCGCCAAGUGUUAUUUUGUGAUUAUAAUUGUAUUAGAUAAUACGUGUUGAUGCAAUAAACAAGAUAU